AUGGCUCCUGCAGAGCCGAACCACGCGCCGUUCAAGGUUCAGGGCGAGGAACCUUACUUUGCUGAAGAACUGGAGGGAUGGAAUGGCUACAUCGAAUGGGAGAAGUACCCCGAGAAGAAGAAGCAGGCGGCGGAGAUCCUCUCGAGAUACGACUUCCCUGUUCCUCCGGAAUUCCAACUCGAGCCACUGCCCAAGACGAAUCCCAUUCUAGAGGGCGUCAGAUGGAAGUACUACCACUAUGCGAUGGGCCCCACGCUAAAGAACGUCCCGGAAAUCUCUUGGAAAUACGUGCAGAAAGAAAAGAGCCCGGAUAUGAUUCACGUGCUGGAGUUCCCGUAUAACGGCGAGCCUCCCCGGACCGAAAUCACACCCAAUGAAGACUUCUUCGUUCGCAAUCACGGGGGUAUCCCUGAAAUCGACGCUGAGAAGUUCGUCUUUGAUGUUGGAGGGUUGGUCAAUGACCCUAAGAAAAUCACCUUGAAAGAGCUGCAGGAUGAGUCUAUUUUUCCUCGCAUGAGCAAAACAGCCUCUUUGCAGUGCUCUGGCACUCGUCGCAUCGAACAGAUCCAUGAAUAUCCUGGUGACGGCGACGAACUGAUCAAUGCACCGUGGGCAGAAGGCGCCAUCGGUACAGCCCGCUGGACAGGCGUCAGUCUGAAGAAAGUCAUCAAGUACUGCGGCGGUCUCAAAGACGGCGGCAAGCACGUUGAAUUCUACGGCGCAGACACGUAUUUCAAGAAAGGCAACGUGUACAACUACGCCGUGUCUGUGCCCUAUCGCAAAGUCAAGAUCCACGAGGUUAUGCUCGCCUGGGAAAUGAACGGCAAACCGUUACCCAGGAUCCAUGGGUAUCCGCUACGGGUAGUCGUCUUCGGAUUCAUCGGAGCCCGCAGCUGCAAAUGGCUGUACAAGAUCAACGUCAUUGGACAACCUAGCUUGGCGCCAGUGCAGAUGAAAGAGUACAUUUAUUAUUCUCCGCAGAUUGGUAAGCACAAUAAUACGUACAGCAAUGGCUUCAGCAUCCAAACGAUGCCCGUCUCGAGCGCCAUCAUGACGCCACUCAACCACGACCAGAUCAUCCACGACGGCAAAAUCAAACUCACGGGCUGGGCCUACAGCGGCAGCGGCUGGCCCGAGCGCGUCGAAGUCAGCGGCGACGGCGGCAACAUCUGGUAUGAAGUGCCCUUCGACAAGCUGAGCAAGAAGGUCUACUACUCGUGGCGCGUGUGGGAGUACGACUUGCCGGUUGAUGCCGAAGGCUGGCUCGAAUUCUGCGUGCGCUGCUGGGAUAAUGCUCUAAAUGCAAGUUCUCCUCGGCGCAUCGCGUUAUAG